GCUCAGGAGUUUGAGAGCAGCCUGAGAAAAAAGGAGACAUCAUCUCUACUAAAAAAAUAAGGAAAUUAGGCAUUGUGGUGGUCCUAUUGCAUUAGAGUUUCAUCACCAUGGACCUCUUUAACUUUAUUUUUUGACACAGAGUCUCACUUUGUCACCCUUGGUAGAGUGCUAUGGCGUCACAGCUCACAGCAACAUCAAACUCCUGGGAGAAAGUGAUCCUCUUGCCUCAGCCUCCCGAGUACGUGGGACUACAUGCCCCCACCACAACGCCCAGCUAUUUUUUUAGAGACAGGGUUUUGCUAUGGCUUAGGCUGGUCUCGAACCUUUGAGCUCAGGCAAUCCACCUGCUUUGGCCACCCAAGUGCUGGGAUUACAGGUGUGAGUCACCCUGCCCAGCCUCAGAUACCCUUUUUAUAUUUUUUUAUUUUCUAUCCAAUAGAGCUAAAAUUUUACUUAGACAUUACAUUCUCUUCCUCUUCUUCUGAGAAAUGAGCCAAAUUAUUAUUAUUCCUUUGUAUGCAUUAUUUCAAUUCUAUGUUUUGUUUUUUUUUUCCAUCUUGUGCUUUUUCAGAAUAAAGUGUUUUGGAGUAUAUAUGCUACUAGAGAGGCUGAGGUAGGAGAAUAGCUUGAGGCCAAGAGUUUGAGGAGGUUGUGAGCUGACACCACAACAUUCUAUCCACGGUGACAGAGAACUGUUGACCUUCAGAGAUGUGUCUAUAGAAUUCUCUAUGGAUGAGUGGGCCUGCCUGGACCCUGCUCAGCAGAAUUUGUAUCGGGAUGUCAUGUUAGAGACCUACAGAAACCUGGUCUUCCUUGGGCUUGCUGUUUCUAAGCCUGACCUCAUCACCUGUCUGGAGCAAAGUAAUGAACCCUGGAAGGUGAAGACACACUGGACAGUAGUCAAGCACCCAGUUACAUCUAAUCGUUCUACGCAGGACAAUUCACAAGUACUGGAUGCAAACAUUUUAUUACCAAAGAUAAUCCUGAGAAGAUAUAAAAAUGAUGGCCCUGAGAAUUUAACCUCAAUAAAAUACUGGGAUCAGGUCUAUAAGUGUAAGCAGCAUAAAGUAUGUUAUGAUGGUCUGGAUGAAUGUUUAACAGCUCUGUAUGGUAAAAUCUACCAAUGCAGUAAAGAUUUCAAGGUUGUGAGAAAAUUAUCAACCCUAAAUAGACAUAAGAUGAUAUAUACCAGGGAGAAAAUUUCUGAGUACAAAAAACAUGGGAAAGCCUUAAACCUGUCCUCAAACUUUGGAAAAUAUAAGAUAACUCAUUUAGUGGAAAAGCAGUACAAAGGUAAAGAAUGUUGCAGAAUCUUUGAAUCUUGCUCAAGCUUGUCUAAGCACAGGGUACUUCAUACUGGAGAGAAAAUCUACCAUUGUGAAAAUGAUAACAAGUGGCUUAGCCACAGCUCAAAAUAUUCUAACCAUAAGACAAUGUAUAAUGGAGAGAAACGCUACAUAUGUGAAGAAUGUGGCAAAGCUUUUAACCAUUACUCAAAUCUUUCUGUACAUAAAAGAAUUCAUACUGGGGAGAAACCCUACAAAUGUCAACAAUGUGGAAAAACCUUUAACCAGUCAUCACACCUUUCUCAACACAAAAUAAUUCAUUCUGGAGAGAGACCCUACAAAUGUGAAGAAUGUGGCAAAGCAUAUAACCAUUACUCAAAUCUUUCUGUACAUAAGAGAAUUCAUUCGGGAGAGAAACCAUAUAAAUGCCAAGAAUGUGGAAAAGCCUUUAACCAUUACUCAACCCUUUCUGUACAUGAAAGAAUUCAUUCUGGGGAGAAACCAUAUAAAUGCCAAGAAUGUGGAAAAGCCUUUAACCAGUCCUCACACCUUUUGCGACAUAAAAGAAUUCAUUCUGGAGAGAAACCAUACAAGUGUCAAGAAUGUGGCAAAUCCUUUAACGAUUAUUCAACCCUUUCUAUACAUAAAAGAAUUCAUUCUGGGGAGAAACCAUACAAAUGUGAAGAAUGUGGAAAAGCCUUUAACCAGUACUCAAACCUUUCUGUACAUAAAAGAAUUCAUUCUGGAGAGAAACCAUACAGAUGUCAAGAAUGUGGCAAAUCCUUUAACCAGUCCUCACACCUUUCUGUACAUAAUAGAAUUCAUUCUGGAGAGAAACCCUACAAAUGUGAAGUAUGUUACAAAGCCUUUAAUCAUUCCUCAAGCCUUUCUGUACAUAAAAGAAUUCAUUCUGGAGAGAACCCCUACAAAUGUCAAGAAUGUGGAAAAGCCUUUAACCAGUACUCAACCUUUUCUGUACAUAAAAGAAUUCAUUCUGGAGAGAACCCCUACAAAUGUCAAGAAUGUGGAAAAGCCUUUAACCAUUACCCAAGCCUUUCUGUACAUAAAAGAAUUCAUUCUGGAGAGAAGCCCUUCAAAUGUGAAGAAUGUGGCAAAUCCUUUAACCAUCACUCAACCCUUUUGGUACAUGAAAGAAUUCAUUCUGGGGAGAAACCAUACAAAUGUCAAAAAUGUGGCAAAUUCUUUAACCAGCACUCAAACCUUUCUGUACAUGAAAGAAUUCAUUCUGGAGAGAAACCUUACAAAUGUGAAGAAUGUGGCAAAGCCUUUAAUCAUUACUCAGCCCUUUUUGUACAUGAAAGAAUUCAUUCUGGGGAGAAACCAUACAAAUGUCAAGAAUGUGGAAGAGCCUUUAACCAGUCCUCACACCUUUCUCGACAUAAAAGAAUUCAUUCUGGGGAGAAACCAUACAAAUGUGAAGAAUGUGCCAAAUCCUUUAAGGAUUACUCAACCUUUUCUGUGCAUAAAAGAAUUCAUUCUGGAGAGAAACCCUACAAAUGUGAAGUAUGUUACAAAGCCUUUAACUAUUCCUCAAGCCUUUCUGUACAUAAAAGAAUUCAUUCUGGGGAGAAACCCUACAAGUGUGAAGAAUGUGGAAAAAGCUUUAACCUAUGCUCACGUCUUUCCAGACAUAAAAUAAUUCAUUCUGGAGAGAAACCCUACAAAUGUGAAGAAUGUGGCAAAGCCUUUAACCAGUACUCAAACUUUUCUGUACACAAAGGAAUUCAUUCUGGAGAGAAACCCUACAAAUGUGAAGAAUGUGGAAAAGCCUUUAACCAUUACUCAACCCUUUCUGUACAUAAAAGAAUUCAUUCUGGAGAGAAACCAUACAAAUGUCAACAGUGUGGAAAAGCCUUUAACCAGUACUCAACCCUUUCUGUACAUAAAAGAAUUCAUUCUGGAGAGAAACCUUAUGAAUGUCAACAGUGUGGCAAAUCCUUUAACCAGAACUCAAAUCUUUCUAAACAUAAAAAAAUUCAUUCUGGAGAAAAUUUAUAAAUAUCAAUAGUGUGGAAAACCCUUUAACUCAAGUUGAAAUUGGCCCGUUACCAAAAAAAAAAAAAAAAAAAAUGAUACAACAUAGAAAUCCUACAAAUAUGAAGAAUGUGGCAGUACCUUUACUUGGUUUUCAUAACUUAGUAACCAUAAAAUUAUUCACACUGGAGAGAAAUUCUGCAAAUGUGAACAGUGUGGCAAUGCACUUAAACCAGAGGUCAAAAAUAGUACAUAUGAAGAAAUUCAUAUUGGAGAGAAAUCUUACAAAUAUGAAUAAUAUGGCAAAGUUUUUUUUUUUUUUAAUUGUUGGGGAUUCGUUGAGUGUACAAGAAACCAGGUUACACUGAUUUCACUUGUUAGGUAAAGUCUGUCUUACAAUUGUGUCUUGUCCCCAAAAAGUGUGUCAAAAAUAUGGAAUGCUUCAUGAACUUGCAUGUCAACCUUGCUCACGGGCCAUGCUAAUCUUCUCUGUAUUGUUCCAAUUUUAAUAUAUGUGCUGCCGAAGCAAACACUAUGGCAAAGGUUUUAACUGGUCCCUGGCCCUUAGUAAUCAUAAGAGAAAUCAUGCCAGAGAAAAGUCAUCACAAUAUGAAGGUGUGGUGAAGCUUUAUGCCAGUAGUCACAAUUUUCUGUACACAGGAGAAUUCAUGUUUAAGAGAAAUGCUGUAAAGUGAAGAAUCUGAAAGUGUUUAAUUUUUACUCAACCCAUUCUGUGUAUGAAAAUUUUCGGACAGAGAAAACCCCUACAGAUGUGAAGACAGUUUCAUUCUAUAAGCAGUAUUCACACAUUUUAGUGCAUAACAAUUCAUAGAGAAAAUCUAUACAUGUGCAGUAUAUGACAAUGUCUUUAAAUAUUUCUCAUGCUCUUCUAAUCAUAAUUCAUAUGGAAGAAAUACUACAAAUGUUAAUCAUGUCUUAAAGUUGUGUUUAUUCUGUUAGGUAGGGUGAAGGACAGAUAGGGGCAGAUGAUUCUAGGCGCGAUCCCUUGUCCAUAAUAAGAGGAACAAAAUUACCAGAGUUGGCUGCCAAGAAAGAAAAGCAUUUUCUGAAGGGUUCUAAAAACUGAACUGAUGUUUGCCCUACAAAAAUGAAUCUCAGAAGUGGAGAGGCCCCAAUGUGGAGAUAGGGCCAAGGCCACAAAAAGGGGUCUUUGCAGCAUGCCUACAUGUGACAGUAGCCUCAAGUGACCCAUUUUCAUUAACAGUAAAAUUGCCACCACUUUUAUCACAGUUUACAAGUACUAUGACAGCUUCUGGAAAUUGCCUUACAGGGAUAGAAAUGGGAGGACUCUCCAUUCAGGAAGUUUUCCCCCUUUCCAGGAAAAUCCAUAAAUUUUCUUUUUUUUUUUUCUUUUUUUUUUUUUGGCCAGGUGGGUUUGAAUCCACCACCUCCAGUAUAUGUGGCCAGUGCCCUACUCAUUGAGCCACAGGAGCCACACACACCCCCAUCAGUUAAUAUAGAUUUAGAAAAUCAGCAUAAAGGGGAAAAAUGUCACUAAACCCAGGGUCUUCUCUGCUUGAGAAGGUAGAUGUCUCUGGAGUCUUUUAAUACUGUCCUUUAAUAAACUUUGACAUUUUGCACACUUGUAUCUACUUGUUCUGCUCAUUUGUUCCACUGUCUUGGUACCAGUAACCGUUCUUUAGAACCUGGAACCAAAAAUCAGGGAACACAUACCUGACAUCUGUUCCCUAUAUAUGAUAUUUUAGUGCCAACAUCUGGGACUAAAAUACACAUUUUCAGCAAGAGAACUAAGGGAACAAUAGACUUUCUGGUUCACGCUACAGGCUCAGCGCCUGUAUCUCAGUGGUUAGGGCACCAGCCACAUACACCAACGGUGGUGGUUUCGAGCCCAUUCCAGGGCUGCCAAACAAUGACAACUAUAACCACAAAAGAGCAGGACCUUGUGGCAGGUGCCUGUAGUCCCAGGUACUUGGGAGGCUGGGCAAGAGAAUUGCUUAAACCCAAGAGUGAGGUUGCUGUGAUGUGUGAUGCCAUGGCACAUUACCGAGGGCAACAUAAUAAGACUCUGUAUCACAAAAAAGAAUUCACUCUCCCUGCUGCACAUUACUUAUACCUACAGCUCUCUCACAUUGGUUUUCAGGUAAUAUACAUCCAUUUCCUUUUGUUUUGUUUUGCACAUGCACAUCAUCCAUCAGUUGGGUCUUACAUUCAAAAGGUUACAAAGGGGCCUCAGGCUCCACAAGCAGAACAUUAAAGCAGAUUGUUAAGGUCUUGGUAAGAAGAAUCAGGAGGAAGAGACAGUGAGGAAAAGCCAGGCCAGCAUCAGGCCACAAGAGGAGAAGGAUACUUAAAAUGGUUGCUACCACUAGGGAAGAAGGUUGUUGGGACAGAGACCAUAGGGUCAGGCAAGAAGACACCAAGCUGAAGCCCUUCCUUGACUAUGACUGUGGGUUCCUGGAGGAAUGGAUGACUCAGGAAAGGGACUCUACUAGGACCAUCCCCUCACUACUACGAAGAUGCCCUGGAAGUGACAUUGCCCUCUCCUUGAGACAGGGCAUCAUACUCACCUUCCAGACCCUGUGAAAUCCCUGAACCAGCUCUGACUCCCUGGAAGUCUUUCAGUCUGAUGGACACACUCCAGCUUCAGAAGAAGUUGCAGUUUCUUGGGCAGCGCCUGUGGCUCAGUGAGUAGGGCGCCAGACCCAUAUGCCAAGGGUGGCGGGUUCAAACCCAGCCCUGGCCAAACUGCAACAAAAAAAUAGCCGGGCAUUGUGGCAGGUGCCUAUAGUCCCAGCUACUCGGGAGGCUGAGGCAAGAGAAUCACGUAAGCCCAAGAGUUAGAGGUUGCUGUGAGCCGUGUGAUGCCACGGCACUCUACCAAGGGCGGUACACUGAGACUCUGUCUCUACACACACACACACACACACACACAAAAAGUUGCAGUUUCAGAUGCUGGGAAGGCUGAUUGUUGGGUAGCUAUCUCUCUCUGUCACAGUAAAGAAGCUAAUAUUCAUAACAUUAGAGCCCCUCCUCUGCUCUCCCUGGAUAUUCAAGGCCUCUGUUUCCCUCUCCUAUAUCUCUUAAAAAUGGAAGGCAAAAUACAAACACACAGUGUACUCUAAAGUCCCUCUGCUCCCUGGUGGAUGAUGCCUUGUUUAUUCCUUUUAGUGUUUUCCAGAUGGCCCACCCCAUUGUUUGAUGAAUUUUACUUUAUCUUAUUGGGUUUUUUGUUUGUUUGGUUGGUUGGUUUUUUGGAGACAGAGCCUCAAGCUGUAACCCUGGGUAAAGUGCUGUGACGUCAUAGCUCACAGCAACCUCCAAGUCUUGGGCUUAAGGGUUUCUCUUGCCUCAGCCUCCCAAGUACCUGGAUGACAGGCACCUCCCACGAUGCCUGGCUAUUUUUUGGUUGCAGUUGUCAUUGUUUGGCAGGCCCAGGCUGGAUUCCAACCCACUCACUCCGGUGUAUGUGGCUGGCACCCUAGCUGCUUAAGCUACAGAUGCCCAGC